AUGGCUCCUCUGAACGAAUUCCUUUGCAUCAUUCCCGACAAACCGGGGACCUUGGCGAAACGCCUAGAAGUUCGCCCACAACAUCUUGAGGGUAUUAAACCGCUCGUCGAGGCCGGACAGGCUGUUUUGGGUGGAGCCAUGUUCGACUCGCACCCCACGGAAGGCCAAACCCCUUCCUUCAAGGGCAGUGCGAUCAUGUAUCUGGCCGAGAGCAAGGAGGCCGCCAUCGAGUUGAUGAAGAAGGAUAUCUAUACCGUCUCCGGCGUGUGGGAUGUUGAGAAUGCGCAGAUUAUUCCGUUCAAAUCCGCCGUUCGGGUUGGGCUGUAA